GUUCGUCUCCAGAAACUUCUUUUUCUCCUACACCACCAAGAAGAUGCCUAUUCCAAGCGUAUCUAGAACAUCUCACUUCGCCCAGUUCGCUACAUCGUCCAGAUUACUGGCAUGUCUGGUCACAGAAGGUUUGAUGUCUGCCUAUGUCCUUCCCUCCCCAAGCCACCUUAGCAGUGACGUUACAGCCCUUUGUAUCGUCGUAUACCAGCAUGCUGUACGCUUCGGUCUGAAAGAUAUACAUUCUAUCGUCCCUUUGAAAAAUCUUCCAAUAGUUGAGUCUUUCUGCUCAGAAAAUGGCUUACAUAAAGUCAAAUUGCUUGACCCCAUGGACAUGCUUCCAGCUAUAUAUACCCUUUGUCCUAACGAUGUUUCUGAGAACUUGCUCUGGCUUGGACAAGACCAUGUCAACUGGAAGAAGACUACAUAUGACCUUAUGCAGGCACAAGUUUCUGUAAUGUCAAAUUCUGAACUCUGUGGCCGUAUCGAUGGCAGCAAACUUUGGACUUCCUUUGCCGUUACGAUCAACGUGGAUAAGCACUUGAUGCAACAAAUUUCUAUGGAACUGACUAGCUCUAUCAUCAAUCAAAAGUACAUAUACGACCACCCCAAGCCGCUACCAACAUUUCAAUCUCCGCCCAUCGAAUGGGAACAACUCAUUCUCGAAGGCCAUGCUACGCAUCCAAUGCACAAGGCUCGCUACACCGUUCCACCUAUGCCUGUUAUCUCCGGGGAUGAGUACGACUUGUCCAAUCCCAGAAUUCGAGCGGUUGCUGUUCCAAGAGCAAGUGUAAAUCUUAGAGGCGACUUUGAGAAACUGACUGAACCCUUGGUAAAAGCCUUGUUCGAUAAUUCAACCGAAAUUUCCCUUCCCAAUCCCAAUGAAUACGUUUUGCUGCCCAUUCAUGAGCUUCAGCUUCCGAACAUUCAUCAUUACUUUUCCAACGUUAUUGUUCUGCCUCCAAAUAUCUCCGUCCCAGCCAAAGCUUUGACUUCUCUACGAUCUGUCGUGGUUGAAGACGUCCUACCUGAAUAUUCUCUUAAACUCUGCCUAGGUAUGAAGGUGUCCUCUGCGCUGCGUACCAUUACACCUUACACAACAUAUUUCGGACCUGGCUUUUCCAAAAACGUAGUGCCUAAGCUUACUAUCGACAAAAAUGUCCUUCAAAUUGAACGAGAACUCGCCAGUGCAUGCUACAAACAUGAUGACUUCAACGUAGCUAAGCAUUGUAGCGCCGUUGUUCGGGAAGCAUUUGAGAAUAAUUGCGCGGAGAGAGGAGAACAAGUUGUUGUAUGCGCGGCAUUAGUGGAGAAAUGUCAGAACGCCGAAUCGAACAAGUCUUUGGUGGAGCAUGUUUGGGGGUUAGAUACGGAUGAAAAGAAGGAAGAAUUUCUUGAGAGCUACAUCCGAUUGUCUCUUGAGGCUUUUCUACCGCCAUGUCUACACAACGGAGUCGCCUUUGAAGCACAUGGUCAAAAUACCCUAGCCCGGUUUGAUAGCAAGACCAAGAAGUUGAUUGGUUUCAUUGUACGCGAUUUCGGAGGUAUCAAAGCCCACCAGGAAACGCUGAGAAAGUCGUGCGGCGUCGAAUUGGAUGUGAUUCCAGAUAGCUGUGUAGAAGCAAAUGAGCUUGACGAGGUCUACAAGUUGUUGUACCAUACCUUGAUUUUUGGCCAUCUUCACCGCCUCAUUCGUGUAUUGGAUAUGCACUAUAAUGGCAAAGGAUGGGCUAUGCUUCGUCAUCAAUUGAUCAAGAUGAUACCUGAUAGCCACCCCAUGUAUACAGCUUGGCUUCAAAAGCCAGAAAUUCCUGGCAAGUGCCUUAUGCAAAUGAAGAUCGAUGAAUUGUAUAGAGAUUAUAUCUAUCGUAAUAUUCCAAACUUGAUUUUGUACGAACCACAACAACAUAUCCUGGAUGAUAUACCCACUCCGAGUGGUACUAAAGGUGGUUGUCUUGCAUCCGCAAAUUUGAACUCGCAAAUCGUAUAAAGCAAAACAUGUAGUCAUUUCAUUGGUUCAUGACCCAAGGCAAUCCAGUCAUCUGGUUCAUUCAAUAAAUCAUCGUCAAAGUAUAAUCCGUUUUAUGAAGAUGAUUCGGUAAUA